UAUUCUAUACAUAUUGGUUAAAUUUGAAAUUACUCCUGUCAAACUUAAUGAAUUUUAGAUUUUAAAAUGCGCUUGAGCUCUUCACUAUUUGGACUUCUGCUAUGUUUUUUGAUUCGUGGUAGCAGUGGAUAUUUUGUGACUGUUGAUGCACAUGCCGAAGAAUGCUUUUUUGACAAGGUGAAAUCAGGGACCAAGAUGGGACUCAUAUUCGAGGUUGCUGAAGGAGGUUUUCUAGAUAUUGAUGUCAAAAUAGUUGGUCCUGAUAGCAAGCCAAUUCACCAGGGCGAGAGAGAGACUAAUGGUAAAUAUACUUUUGCUGCUCAUAUGGAUGGUGUUUAUCAAUAUUGCUUCAGUAAUCAGAUGUCAACCAUGACUCCGAAAAUUGUGAUGUUUGACAUGGAUAUUGGAGAAGCUCCAGCCGACGGAAUUGGCGAGGAGAAGGAAGGAGAGGAAGUAACCCAUAACAAAUUGGAAGACAUGAUUAAGGAACUAUCUACUGCUCUGUCCGGUGUAAAGCAUGAGCAAGAGUAUAUGCAGGUUCGAGAUAGAAUUCACAGAAAUAUAAACGAGAGCACUAAUUCUAGAGUUGUUAUGUGGUCGUUCUUUGAGGCUUUGGUGCUGGUAGCGAUGACCCUUGGACAAAUCUAUUAUCUGAAACGAUUUUUUGAGGUCCGACGAGUGGUUUAGCCCCCGACAGAAAGGAUAAAUUACAGACAAUGUUAAUUCAAAGAAUUCUUGUGUUAAAUCAAUGAUCAAUGAUCAGACAUGUUAGUUUUGAGAACCAGACUUUAGUUUAGUAUAUGAAGUUGGAUGCAUUAAUCUUGAGUGGGUCAACAGUUUUAGACUUUUUAUUUACAUUUUACAUCAGAGCCAAACCUUAGGAAAAUAUUUAUCGAAAUACAUAAAAAGUAUUAUACAGUCCUCUUAUGUACACGGUACAUAACAAUAAACUUGGAUUUAUUAAUAAUAUUAUUUCCACCCUGUAAAAGAAAAAUUCAAUCCGUGUUUUGCUCAAACAAAUCAUUGUUAUCAAGGUUUAGCUUUUUUAAAUUGUUAACUUUGAUACCGUAACUAAAAAUUUGCAACCUUUGUUAUAGACAAAAUAUUGAUUUUUUUUCAUUUCUGUAAAUAUUGUUAUUUUUCAGA